CCCGCGGAGCGCAGGAGCCUGGGAGUGCAAGUUGUGAGCCUCUGGGUGUGGGUUUAGGGGGCCGCCUGGCGUUCAGCCCCGUCUGAGCCUCUCCCGCGGCUGGGAGGCUUUCCCGCCCCAGGGCCUGGAGCUGCGACCCCGGGGCCAUGGCCAGCGUCCCCCAGCUGUUCGACGACCUGUGCGAGGCCCUCCUGCCCGCGGCGAAGGCCCGUCUGGGCCAGCGCGGCGUGAGCCGCAAGAGGGCCAAGCAGGGCCUCAAGAGGGUGGCCUACAACGCUCUUUUCACAAAUCUGUUUCAAGAGGAGACUCACAAGUUGCAGGCCGACCUCUCGAAACUCCCGGUGAAGAACAAGGUCCUCCUGCUGUCCUUCGACCUGAGAGCAGGCGGUCUCGGCCCCGAGGCUGACCGUUUGGAGGAGCUUGUGGAGGAGCUCCAAGCAGCCCCCGGCUGUCCGCUGACGGAGGUGGCGUCUGUUUUGGACCUCCUGGUCCGGCUGGCGGGCAGCGGGCCCCCUCAGGUUCUGCGGCGCAAGCGGGACUACUUCUUUAACAACAAGCAUGUUGGGAGAAACGUGCCCUACAGCGGCUACGACUGCUACGACCUGAGUGUGUUUGAGAUGGACGUUCAGUCUUUGAUCUCCAGAGAGGAGUACUUAUGUCAGGACAUGGUCCGGAAAGCGCUUCAGGUGAUGGAGGCGGCACCAGGCACUGGCCUGCCCACCGUUGGGCUCUUCUCAUACGGUGACCCUUGCAGCGACAGGUUUGAGAGAGACACCCGGGUCUCGCUUUUCGGUGCCCUCGUGCACAGCCGCACAUACGACAUGGAUGUCCGGCUGGACCUGCCCCCGAUGCCUGACAGCGCAGACCUCUCUGGACUAGCCAUUAAGGUUCCUCAGAGUGUGGAUCAGUCGGAGGAUGAAGGGUUCCAGUCAGCAUCUAACUUGACUCCUGACUCCCAGUCUGAACCAGGCAUGACCCCGGACAUCGACCUGUGGGAUGCUGUGCUCACCUACGAGGCCAGCAAGCGGAGGUGCUGGGAACAAGUUGGAUGCCCCCCCGGCCACAAGGAGGAGCCCUACCUCACCGAGGCGGGAAGGGACACCUUCGACAGGUUCUGCAGGCUCCGCCAAGGGGAGCUACAGGUGCUGGGCGGGGGCCUCCUGCAGGCUCCGCAGCCCGUCCUGGUGAAGGAGUGCGAACUGGUGAAAGACGCACUGAAUGUCCUGAUCGGGGUCGUGUCUACCACAUUCUCCCUCUGCCAGCCAGCUCAGACCUUCAUGGUGAGGCGGGGUGUCCACGUGUCGGGAGCGUCCCCCGAGAGCAUCAGCAGCCUGCUGUCAGAGGUGGCCGAGUGUGGGACACACUACGCACGCCUGAGCCAGUUCUCCCUGCAGCCUCUACUGGACUCUUCAUGCAGCAAGGGCCUCGUGCUCCAGGCCUUCACCAGCGGCCUGAGGAGGUACCUACAGUAUUACCGGGCUUGCGUUCUCUCCACUCCACCCACCCUGAGCCUCCUCACCAUCGGCUUUCUCUUCAAGAAACUGGGCCGGCAGCUCAGGUACCUGGCCGAGCUCUGUGGUGUGGGCGGCGGGGGACCGAGGGCCGAGUUCCCGACCGGGGUGAGGCUGCUGUCCUACCUGUACCAGGAGGCCCUGGACAACUGCAGUAACGAACACUACCCGGUGCUGCUGUCCCUGCUGCAGACCAGCUGUGAGCCCUACACGAGGUUCAUUCACGACUGGGUCUACAGCGGGCUCUUCCGCGAUACUUACGGCGAGUUCAUGAUCCAGGUGAACCACGAGUACCUGGGCUUCAGAGAUAAGUUUUACUGGACCCACGGCUACGUGCUCAUUUCCAAAGAGGUGGAGGACUGUGUCCCCGUGUUCCUGAAGCACAUCGCACACGACGUGUAUGUCUGCGGGAAGACCAUCAACCUGCUGAAGCUCUGCUGCCCCCGGGUGAGCCCCGCCCUCCCGCCCGCCAGCGUCUCCUUGGUGAACAAGGCCGCCGUGGACUACUACUUCGUGGAGCUCGGCCUGGAGGCGCACUUUGAGGCCCUGCGGCACUUCCUGCUCAUGGAGGAUGGAGAGUUUGCCCAGUCCCUCAGCGACCUGCUGUUUGAGAAGCUGGGGGCGGGGCAGACGCCCGGGGAGCUCCUCAACCCGCUGGUGCUCAACUCGGUGCUGAGCAAGGCCCUGCAGUACAGCCUGCACGGGGACACCCCGUAUGCCGCCAACCUCUCCUUUGCCCUCAAGUUCCUGCCCGAGGCGUUUGCCCCCAACGCCCCGGACGUGCUGAACUGCCUGGAGCUCAGGUACAAGGUGGACUGGCCCCUCAACAUCGUGGUCACCGAGAGCUGCCUGAGCAGGUACAGCGGCAUCUUCUCCUUCUUGCUGCAGCUGAAGCUGAUGAUGUGGACGCUCAAGGACGUCUGCUUCCACCUCAAGCGUGCAGCCCUGGUGAGCCGCGCGGCCGGCUCCGUGCAGUUCCGCCAGCUGCAGCUCUUCAAGCACGAGAUGCAGCACUUCGUGAAGGUCACGCAGGGCUACAUCGCCAACCAGAUACUGCACGUCACCUGGUGUGAGUUCCGGGCCCGGCUGGCCGGGGUGGGCGACCUUGAGGAGAUCCAGCGUGCGCAUGCAGAGUACCUGCACAAGGCCGUCUUCAGGGGCCUGCUGACCGAGAAGGCUGCGCCUGUCAUGAAUGUCAUCCAUAGCAUCUUCAGCCUGGUCCUCAAGUUCCGCAGCCAGCUCAUCUCCCAGCCCUGGGUCCCGGCUGGCGGCCCACGGGGUGCCGAGCACCCCAACUUUGCCCUCAUGCAGCAGUCCUACAGCACCUUCAAGUACUACUCCCAUUUCCUCUUCAAAGUGGUGACCAAGCUGGUGAACCGCGGCUACCAGCCCCACCUGGAGGACUUCCUGCUGCGCAUCAACUUCAAUAGCUACUACCAGGAUGCCUGAGGCCACGACACAGCGGGGGCUUGCUGCCGUAGGAGUGCCCCUCGGCCUCCGGGACCUCGGCGGCCUCCCCCUCCCCGUGGUAGGGGGUCUCCAGGAG